CGGAGGGAGAGCGCCGACGGCGUCCUGGGCCUGCAGGCGGCGGAGCUGUGGACGUCGUUCCCCGGACGCCGGCGUCGGCUGCAGCCUUCCAUGCAGGGAGCGCGAGUUCGCAGGUGUUAAGCUUUACUUUUAUUUGUCUUUGAAGACCCAGAAGAACUUGCCUCCAGGAAGCCUUUCCUCACCCACAACUGGGAAUAGUGCCUCACCACUGUGUCCUGCCAACACCCUGUGCAUCCCUUCACCGUGGCACUGAAGGAACUGCACUGCGACUGCUCACUCACUGAGACCUCUUAAGCAGCAGCAAGCUCUAGAGGCCAGGAGCUGUGUCUGUCUCCGUAUUCCUGGCUGCUGCGUGCUCUCUCCCCACAGUGCACACUCUCCUCCUGAAACACUUGAAAGGGUGUCCCUGAGGAGAUAGUCAAAAGAAGGUUCUCCAAAACAGAGAGAGCAGUUUGCAGCUGGGGAUGGCAACAGCAUUGGUGAGCGCUCCUGCCUGGCCUCCUCUGAAUUUGAAGAAGGAGAGGCUUCUGGCUGUGAAGAAGGAUGACCACCCUGCUUGGGAACAGGGAUUCAAGUGGCCAGGAAAUGGCACAGGCCUUGGACAGGAGCCUCUGUGCAGGCAGUUCAGGCAGUUGCGGUAUGAAGAGACCACAGGACCUCGAGAGGCACUGAACCGGCUCCGUGAGCUCUGCCGGCUGUGGCUGCGGCCUGAGAUGCAUAGCAAGGAGCAGAUGCUGGAGCUGCUGGUCCUUGAACAGUUCCUGAGCAUCCUGCCCGAGGAGCUACAGGCCCAGGUGCGCGAGCAGCACCCGAAGAGUGGGGAGGAGGCCGUGGUUGUAGUGGAGGAUUUGCAGCUGGAGCUCCAAGAAACAGGACGACAGUUAGAAAAGGACCUAGAACAGGCAAAGAAACGGAGCAUGCAUGUGGAAGAGACAGUGGCUCUGAAUGCAGUGCAGACCCUGCAGGUCCCACCUGAGAGUGCAGUUCCGAAGCCUGAAACAGAACAGGGUGAAGAGACAAUAAUUGAGAAUGGGACGCCGGUUGUAGAGAUAGACCUUUGUGGAGGAGUGAAAUCAUCUGGGAAAGUGUCUGAGCUGGCAGAUGCUCAUUAUGAGGGCUCUCGUUUGGAAAGGCAGCAGGCCAACCCCAAAGAGAGGACCAACUAUAACUGCUCAGAAUGUGGGGAGGGCUUUAUCCAGCACUCAGACCUGGUUAAACAUGAAGGUAUGCAUACUGCAGGGAAGCUCUGUGAAUCUGAGGGGCAUCAAAGUUUCCAUCCUCCUGGACAUCAGAAAAUCCACUCUAGAGAGAAAGGUCAUCAGUGUCACGAGUGUGGGAAAGCCUUUCAGAGAAGUUCACACCUUGUCAGACAUCAGAAAAUCCAUCUUGGUGAGAAGCCUUAUCAGUGCAAGGAGUGUGGGAAAGUGUUUAGCCAGAACACAGGCCUUUUGGAACAUCUCAGAAUCCAUACUGGAGAGAAACCUUUUCUAUGUAUCCUCUGUGGAAAGAACUUUCGGCGCAGCUCUCACCUUAAUCGACACCAGAGAAUUCACAGUCAGGAGGAGCCCCGUGAGUGCAAGGAGUGUGGAAAAACCUUCAGUCAGGCCCUGCUCCUCACCCACCACCAGAGGAUCCACAGCCACUCCAGAAGCCACCAGUGUCAUGAGUGUGGGAAGGCCUUCCGUUUAACCUCAGACCUUAUUCGACAUCACAGGAUUCACACUGGAGAAAAACCUUUCAAGUGUAAUAUAUGCCAGAAAGCCUUCCGACUAAACUCACACCUUGCUCAGCAUGUGCGAAUCCACAAUGAAGAAAAAUCCUAUGAGUGUAAUGAAUGUGGAGAAGCCUUCAGGCAGAGGUCAGGUCUUUUUCAACAUCAGAGAUAUCACCACAAAGACAAACUGGCUUGCUGAGGUGUCCUCUCCCUAAGGAACAUCAGAGACAGUACAUUAACAAGCAAACCAAGCUGCACUUUAGAAAGAGUCGCUCUAUCCAAUUCUGGCAUCAGAAUUUGUGGGGACAACUUGGAGACUAUCUGCCCCCACUCUUUCUACUUUGUUUUCCAUGAAGUCAAUUUGUUCCACGAUAACUUGGCCCUAUAUGGUACUGGGGGAUCAGAGUUGAACAGCAUUCUUGACUACAGGACUUUUCAGAGGCUUUAACAUGGUAACGUCUUGAUGAUGCAUCUCCAUGUAGUCAAGAGCCUCAUGACUGAGUGAGGGCUUUGAAGUCAGCAGCCAAUUAAGUAUCCACAGAUUUACAGGCUCAAGCAGAACAAGAGUAGGUUGAUAUUUCUGCAUAUGCUACAGCAACGAACUCCUAUAAGAUAAACUAAUAAUGUUUGGAAAUAAACCACACUGAAAGGUGUCUUAAAGUGCAGGCUAAUGGUGACGGUUUGCCCCCACUGGCUUUACUAAUCUCCACUCCUCCCACCCCCAACCAGCAGAGGCAUUUUGGAAAAACAAAGAUCAUCUAAUUUUACCAUUUCCCACCCCAACCACAGUACCUCAUUGAUUCAAGUUAGAAAUUAAGGUUUUAUUCAGACUAGAGAAGAGAUUCAUUAGUCAUUUGAAUGAACCAUGAUGAAUUAAUUCAAGCAGCAGCUAUCUUACUUGAUAUCUCCAGUGCCAGUAUAGUGACUGCCGCAUAGACACGAUUCAGUAAAUGUCUGAAAGAAGAAGUUGGAUAUUUUUUAAAUACUGAUGCUGCAAUUUAAAAAUGUUGCUUGUUCUGGAAUUCUUUGAAAGUCAAAUAAUAAAGUCAGCUUGUAGAUCAUGA